GCGUAUGUUGAUAGCAAUUCUUCAGUUAGCUUGACGAAUAUUGUUCGAAAUUGUAGAUGUACCGCCUAUAGAUCCAGUAAAGAGAAUAAAGUGACUUACAUUGCUAUGUCUAAAUAUGUACUAAUUUCCCAGAUUGGACUCCCACGCUGUGGCGUGAUACUUUCGACGAAAUGUUGGAAGAAGAAUUAGAAUACAAUGACAGCUGGAUUGUUCAGUUCAACUACAGCCUACAAGAGAAUCUCUCUAAAGAGGAGAGGAGGAGGGGAUGGAAGAUCUACUGCCAUCGUGCCUACGGAAAAUUUAGGUGUGGUUCCUGUUCCAAAGAUUGGCCAUCGGCCCGGGUUACUCUUCUCUUCCACUACCGCCUGCGCAGCGAGGCAGCCCGGGGGACGGUGAUCAUGCGACCCUUCGGACAGGCAUGCCGGGGCUGCAGUGGGAACUUUGAGCUCCCAGGGUUCUCCAUGGAGGAAGUAGAGAAGGUCCUGCUCAAGCUGAUUGGCAAGAUCAAGAAGAACUGCUACGGUGAAGAGGAAGAGGACAACAGCGAUUCCUGCUCCCCUGAGAAAGUGCGGACGAAGCCGCAUGAGAGUUCGCUGUGUGAGGCCUGUAGUCAGGGGAUCUGCUGUGUGGAAGACUAGUUUCCACAGAGCCUAGUCUAGGAACUGGGAAAGGAAACAUUGUGAUUACCUCAGGAGCCCCAACAGGCAACAUGAGGUGCUCAAGUGGUUACCUGAGACAAAUAAUUUCAAAAUGUUUUUUUGUUUUUUUUAACGAUGACAGAAAAAAUGCACUUUACGCAAUAUAUAUUUAACCAACGUAAUAUGGAAGAACAUAUUUUGUCUAAUAAUAUGUUUGGAACCAUAUAUAUAUA